UAUUCCCCUUCCCUUUUCCAGGAUUGCUAAUUCAUAAUAAAAAAAAUACAGUACUAAUAUCAUUUUAACUUUAAUUAGUGUAGUUUUUAGGGUUUCAUUUUCCAUACAACAAUUAUAAUUUCUGUAGUUUUUAUUUAUUUUAUAUACUAUCGUGUUGGAGAUUCAUUCACCAUGAAGAAAAAACUCGAUUCUCGUUUUCCAGCGGCUCGAAUAAAAAAGAUAAUGCAGGCUGAUGAAGAUGUUGGCAAGAUUGCUUUGGCUGUUCCUCUUUUAGUUUCUAAAGCGUUAGAAUUAUUUCUGCAAGAUCUCUGCGACCGGACAUAUGAGAUAACCCUUCAGAAGGGUGCAAAGACUUUAAAUUCUAUGCACUUAAAGGAGUGUGUCCAGAGUUUUAAUGUAUUUGAUUUUCUGAGAGAGAUUGUUGGUAAGGUCCCUAAUCUAGGUGGCUCUGAUGCUCCAGGGGAAGACAGAUCUGCAACUAAGAGAAGGAAAGUUGCUGACGAUGACAACCAUGAUAGUGACGAGGCAAACAGAGGCAGGCCGUUCCAGCCACAGACUGUCCAUAUCAAUGAGAGUGGUGGCAGAGGAAGAGGGAGGGGUACCGGCAGAGGUCGUGGCAGACCAAGAAAAGUAGAUAAAGAGGCUGCAAUGAUGGCAGCAUUUACUUCUGAAAAAAAUGAACUUGAUCCUGUUGUAUCUCGUGACAAUGAUAACAUUAUAAUGCAAGAAAAUCUAGGGCUUGAUUAUAAAGAAACCCAUCUUGCAGUUGACCCGGCUCCAGCCAGGAACUUUGACCUCAAUCUAGACUUGGAUGAGAAUGGAGACACCCCACCAAUAUCAUUAGCACCUGUAACUCCUGGUGGCUCAUCAACAAAGCCUAAUUUUGAAAUGAAACCUGAAGAAUAUCCAGGGUGGUCUAUGGCAGAUAUGGAGAAAAUGGCAAUUGGUUCAAUCAGGCUUGGUCAUUUAAACAGCACAGUAGUAGAUGAAGAGGAAGAAGAUUAUGAUGAAGAAGAAUGAUCAUAUAGGUUGGUUAGUUGGACACUUUUUGGUUAGUUAAUUAGCAAAAUGGGGUAGAUCUUAAGUUAGUGUAGCCAACCAAGUAGACGGUAGGAUAACGUUAAAGAAUGACUCGUUUCUUUUGUUUAUGAAGUAAUGCUUGACGUUGUACCUUGCAUUGCAGGUGUAGAUAUUGCCUAGAAAAUUCUAUUUUGUUUGUUCUGUUGCUUUGUA